AUGACGAGCAAGCACGUCAGUCGGCUUGCAAGCUCAGCCCUCCAGCGGCUUGCAGCAGGAACGAGUCAGCCGCUGCCAGCUCGGGUGCUGCCACCUUGCCGAUGCACAAGACAGGCUAGCUCCAGCACACAUGGCAAGACGGCAGCGCAGAGGCGAAGCAAGACACCGAGAGCAGCUGUGCCACAAGCCUCUGUUGGCAAGCCAGUAAGUCAGGAGAGCGAGAAGCCAGAUGAAGAAUGGUCUGUCGACCGAGAGUUGCCAUACCUGCGGACAGACCUGCCAAGGCAUCUCUUCGACAGAGUCGAUUUAGCCGCUUUCGACAAGUUCCUGGACAUCAGACCAGAGCAUAGAGUGCCCGAUGAGCCAGACGUCAUCAUACUCAAUUCACCCAAGAUGCUCGAGCCAAAAGCGAUCCCAAAGGGUGAAACCCACCCCCAGCCGGAUGCCACAGACGCCGUCCGAUCGCUCGCUGCAGAGACCUCCAUGACCGCAAGUCAGCUGCGCAGUCUGCACCGCUACGUUCUGGCACUCAAGCGAGUCAGCAAUCAGACUACCAAGGGCAAAAUUGGCUCGUUCUACGCUCUCAUCGUCGUCGGCAAUGGUGACGGCCUCGUCGGCUACGGGGAGGGUAAAGGCGCUUCGAUCCCCUCUGCAGAGAACAAGGCUUUCGUGCAAGCCGUCAAGGGCAUGGAAUACAUCGAACGGCACGACGGGAGGACUGUCUUUGGCGACAAAUCAGGCAAAUGGGGCUCGACCUUGCUCACCAUCCGUCAGCGACCGCCAGGCUUCGGACUCCGGACAUCUCCGCUCAUCCAUCAAGUCGCCAAGGCGGCCGGCAUCAUCGAUCUCAGCGCAAAAGUACGCGGAUCGCGCAACGCCAUGAACACUGUCAAGCUGGCCAUGCGCAUGCUUGCCGGGGGGGCAUCUCCUUUGGGCUACGGCGAUGGAUUCGGGGGCCGCGGUCAAAAGGGCAACAAGGGCGUCGGCAUGCGCACGGCAGACGAGAUUGCUCGUGCCCGCGGUAGACGUGUACAAGUUGUAUGAGAUUGCACGUCGGCAGAAUUGAACGUCGGCCAAUACGCAUCACGUGCAAUGGCC